UCUAAAUCUGUCAUACAGCUCCAUAAUAUUGAUUUGCUGCCUCUCUUGUGUGAAGUUGUCUGCAUGACCAAAGGUAAAGAUGUGGAGGCUCUUAACAUGGCUUGCACUGGAGUUCUAGGACUCUCAAACAGCUAUGCCCAAGCUACAAGAGAAGCCACCAGUGUCAUAGACACAGCUGAUAGUGAGGAAGUGGAAAGUCUGCGGUCCAAACUCGUGUCCUUGACACCCAUGCUUGUCCAGACAGCGCAGGAAACAGCCAUGAGUUCAGCCAUGAGUACAGAUAGCAUUUAUAAACACAGUACGGACUUCUCUGACCUCAUCAAAAAUGCCCAUAAGAUAUUGCUGCCAGUGGCAGGGAUGUGGUACCAUGCCGUUUACUCCAUGUUCCAAAACUAUGUACCCAAUAUGUUGGAGUCCAUCACACAGGAACUCACCGAGGUCAUGUGUUUAUGUGCAGAUGCCGUGCAACUUGUGAUAUCAGCGGAUAUAAAGGUGAUGGGUGAGUGUCAUGAGAGUAUAAUGUCUUUGCAGAGCAAGCUCCAAAAAGCUCAAACCAACACUAAGAAUCUUACAGACGUAGUGGGUUCAAGACCAACUCAAACUGAUGAACUUGACGGCCUCUGCAUGCUUUGGGCCUUGUCUGUCCAAGUACUGUUGAACUCAUUGGAUAAGGUUGUGGGAACAGUUACGACUGAUGGUAAGGGGCACAUGAUCACACAUCAAAUGACACCCAAAAAAUGGUUGUCAGUAAUGUCUGAGAACUCACUUCGCAUACAAGAAGCUGCGAGACUGUCUUCUUUGAACUGUCGAGACAGCUAUAAAGUUAAACUGCUAGGAGAACUACAAGAAGACGUGAAGACACUUACAGAGUCCUACCUUCAGGCUGGUGAAGAAGUUGGUACGGUGUCCCUCUCAAGUGUCCUGAUGCUGGCAAAAUCAGAGCUACUUCAGAGACAGCUUCAGAUUAAAAUGAAAGCACUCUCUUGUCUCCUGAGCAAAGUUAACCAUGACUAUGUGACGGCCGUUCAAGAUACUAUUGCUUUGGCAUGCUCGGUCCAAACAAAAGAUAGCGACAGGGAAACUGAAGACACUCUGGCACAGUUUGAAAGUGCUGCAGAAUUGCUUAUGCAGAAUGUUAAAAGUGCCACAGAGUCCAUUCAGGACUGCUUCAAUUUCAUUAGAGACCCAAAAGAAAGGUCCAAUCUGAGAUUCAUCAAUGACCACUUGACAUUUCAGAUGUCAGACAUUGUGAGUAGAGCCAGACUGAUAGCAGAGACGCAAACUCUUGGAGACACUCUCACCCUUGAUAUUCAGUCACAGUGCUGGUCAGCAAAGGCACAUUACCUUGUUGAAGAAAUUUGUAGAGUAGAUGGAAUUCUUGCGGUCACAAAGGAACAGAUCAAGUGUAGUUUGCAGGGCAAAGUGUCUAGUGGAGUCUCCCAGACACCAAGUUUCACAAAAAAGGCAACAAUACAUCCUCUAUCCACAAAUAAUCAAGGUCCUACUAAAAGCAAACCAAGUACCAGUGUCCAAGAUGUGUCCAGUCAGGAACCAAAUAAGGAAGAGACAUCCCAGAGGAGCCCAAGAGGUCCUGUGUUCAACUUAGUAGAUACGACCCUCUCUUACACUUCUCUCUUUCUGAAACGAGAGACUGAGAAGUGGGAUGACCAGGGUAACCAGAUUGUCAAGGUGACAAAAGAAAUGGCAGAUAAACUCUAUCACAUGGCCCAGUACCUAAAGAAGAAAGGGCCAAUCCAGACCAAAGAUGCUUUUGUAACAUCUGCAAAAGAUCUUGUCUCAAGCGGCCAGUCAAUCACCCAGUUUGUGCGUGUCAUAGCAGACCACUGUCUGGACAAGCAUUGCACCGAGGAGCUCUUUGUCAUUGCAGAGCAGAUUCUGACCAUUUCCAACCAACUUACCAUCAUUUCAAGGGGUGCAUGGUGUCUCUCCAGUGUUAAUGCAGUUACUCCUGGGUGCAAAUCAUCAGAUGAGAUCCUGGUGAAGAAUGCACAGAAUCUACUCCAGACAGUUAUCCAAGGAGUACGAGCAGCAGAGGCUGCCUGCAUCAGGGGUUUGAAACAGCCUGAGCCAAACUCAGAAGCAGCAAAGGCAGCAGCGUUCUGUUUCCAGUGGAAAAAGAGUCUCCUUAUGCACCGAGCUCAAGAACAGCUUAACCCAGAAACUGAUGAUUUGGGUCUACGUAGGACCUUCCCACAUUCAACAGCGCCCAGCCUUGCACCACCUAUCCAUGUGUUAGAUAAAUACAAACGAGUAAACACAAAAUAAAGGGUCUUCAUUUUGCCUGUAACUUUUGAUAUUCUGUUGUCUGUGAAC